UAGUAUAUUUUUUGCAGUAUUUUUCUUUCGCUCGUGCUGUCUGGUUGUGUUAUUUUUUUUUUUGUGUGAACACUUGUUAAUUUGUGUUUAUUAUCUCAUGUAAAACGGUGCUUGUGUUACAAACAACAAAAUGCCAGUGUUUCACACAAAAAUCAUCGAGAGUAUUUUGGAGCCUGUAGCUCAACAGGUCUCCCGGCUGGUCAUCCUCCACGAAGAAGCUGAAGAUGGCAACGCUAUGCCCGACCUGGCGCGGCCCGUGCAGGCCGUGUCCCUUGCUGUCAACAAUCUCGUCAAGGUCGGUCAUGAAACCAUCGAGUCUUCUGACGACGCGAUACUCCGACAAGACAUGCCGGGCGCGCUACACCGCGUGGAGACCGCCGCGGCAUUGCUGCAACAAGCUUCCGACAUGCUGAGAGCUGACCCUUACUCUGGCCCCGCUAGAAAAAAGCUUAUAGAAGGAUCCCGAGGAAUUCUGCAGGGCACAUCUGCGUUGCUGCUCUGUUUCGAUGAGUCUGAAGUCAGGAAGAUUGUCAAAGAAUGUAAAAAGGUGCUAGACUACCUGGGUGUGGCGGAGGUCAUCGACACCAUGGAGGACCUGGUCCAGUUCCUGAGGGACAUCUCCCCGGCUCUGUCCAGGGCUGCUAGAGAGGUGGCAGCCCGCGCCGCGGAGUUGACGCACCCCCCUCACGCGGAAACCCUGACUAAAUGUCUGGACAGCGUGAAGCAACUCGCGCCAGUUCUCAUCUGUUCUAUGAAGAUAUACAUACACAUCUUGACUGAAGGCGGGAAGGGAAUCGAGGAGGCGGCGGAGAACAGAAACUAUUUAGCUCAGAGAAUGGCGGACGAAAUACAUGAGAUUAUACGCGUACUUCAGCUAACAUCGUACGUAGAAGACGGAGGCGAAAAAGACAACAUAGCCGUGCUGAAGGCUCUGCAGACACAGAUGCACAGCAAGAUGGGUGCUGCGCACGAGUUCCUCAAUGAGCCGACGGCGCUGCGCAACACAGCGGGCGAGCGCGCGCUGCGCUGCGUGCUGACGUCAGCGCAGCGCGCCGCGGAGCACCUGCCGCAGCGCCUCGCCGACUGCAUCCGCGGCGCUGUGCGAUCUGGAGGUAUUAACGCGGACGUGCUUUGUGAUGAAAGACAGUUCGGUCGAGGAAGAGACUCGAAGGCUUUGAACUUAGCCGAAGACUUGCGCAAACAAAUAAACGAGCUGGACUCCACGGUGAAUGAAGGCGUUCGCGCAGCGGAGAAGCAGGGAGGCAAGACUAUGCAGGCCAGGUUGGAGACGGCCCACAAAUGGCUGCUGCACCCCAGCGCGGAGCCGGCCACCAGGGUGGAGGGCCAGAAGGCCAUCAACAGCAUCGUCUCGCAGGGACAGAGGAUAGCGGAUGGCCUGCAAGGCCGCGAGAAAGCGGAGGUGCUGCAGCUGUGCUCCGACGUCCAGAGGCUGGCGGACCAGCUGGCCGACCUGUGCAUGAGCGGCCAGGGGGAUUCUGAAGAAGCCAGGGCGAUUACCAGACAGCUGACAGACAAACUGCACGAGCUGAAGCGGGCGAUGGAGCGCGCGGUCGUCAAUCGCGUCGUCGAGGAGUUCAUCGAUGUUGCGGCGCCGUUGCGGCACUUCACUGAUGCUGUUAAUGCUCCUGAAGGCACACCCAACCGCGAAGCCAACUUCCACGACAAGGCGGCGGCGCUGGCAGCGUUCUCGGCACGCGCGGCCGCUGCGGCGCACCUAGUAGCAGCCGCCAACGGUAACAACAAACGUUUGGCCGACCAACUGACGCACCAAGCUAGAGAGGUUGAGAAACUGUCACCUCAACUCAUCGCAGCUGGAAAAAUUCGUCUUCUGUAUCCCGAGAGCAAGGUGUCGGAGGAGCACUUCAGCAACCUGCGCGCGCAGUACAGCGCGGCCGCGCGCAGCGCACGCGAUCUCUGCGACCAGGCCGUGGAUCCGCUCGACUUCGUGCGCACCGCCGGUGAACUGAUGCAGAAACACACGUAUUUGUGCGAGGACGCGAUCCGCAAUAACGAUUCGCAAAAGAUGGUCGACAACACCUCUGCAAUUGCUAGACUAGCGAACCGAGUGCUGCUGGUGGGGGGCGCGGAGCGCGACAACACGGAGGACGGCGAGUUCGCCCGCGCGCUCGCGGACGCGACGCUGCGACUGCAGGCCGCCAUCGCCCCCGCCGUGCACAGGGCCAAGGCCCUCGCUCUAGGCGAUAGACAGCCGCAAGCUGUUUCUGCUUGGAGAAGUGCUAACGCUGAGAUAAUAAAAGCGGCUGGGGCGGUGGAGUCGGCGCUAGCGGGUCAGUACGCGCCAGCGCUGCCGGACGCGCUCAGCUCCCUGCAGCUGGCAGACAGCGCGGCGCCGCCUCGGCCGCCGCCGCCCGCCGGCGUGGCGCCGCCGCGGCCGCCGCUGCCCGCCGACACCGACGACGAGGGCGAGGAUAUCUUUAGCAGGCAGCCGCAUCCCAGCCAACCUAUAUUGGUGGCAGCGCACAACCUGCACAAGGCGGUCCGCGAAUGGUCUUCCAAGGACAACGAGAUCAUCGCCGCGGCCAAGCGCAUGGCCAUCCUCAUGGCGAGGCUAUCCGAACUGGUCCGCUCCGAUUCCAAAGGCAGCAAACGCGAACUGAUCGCGACAGCCAAAGCCAUUGCGGAGGCUUCUGAAGAGGUUACCAGGCUCGCCAAGAAGUUGGCGCUCGAGUGUACCGACAAGAGGAUCAGGACCAACCUUCUGCAAGUGUGUGAGCGGAUCCCGACUAUCGGCACGCAGCUCAAGAUUCUGUCCACGGUGAAAGCCACCAUGCUGGGCGCACAAGUCGGCACGUCGGAUUACAAAGGAAGCGAAGAAGACCAAGAAGCUACCGAGAUGUUGGUUGGAAACGCUCAGAACUUGAUGCAGAGUGUGAAGGAGACGGUGAAGGCGGCGGAGGGCGCCUCCAUCCGGCUGCGGUCGCAGCGCGGCGGCUAUCGCCUGCGCUGGGUGCGCCGCUCGCCUUGGUACCGUCUCUAACUCUGCGAACGCGAACGCGAACCAUGGAAAAUAUUAUGUAUUUAUUUAUUUAUUUAUUAUUUAUAUAUAUAGACAAAUCAGACAUAUUGAGUUGGCCUCGAAGUAAGUUCUAGACUUGUGCUAUGGGAUACUAACUCAACGAUACUAUAUUUUAUAACAUAUACAUAUAUAGAUAAACAUCCAAGACCCAAGUCAAUCUGAAAAAGUUCGUUUUCCAGUUGACCUGACCGGGGAUCUGAGUUCACGGCGGUCGUCAAUACUUUGUGAGAUUAAUUUCUUGGUAUUGAGAUUUUACAACCGGAAACAUGGUUUCUUGGCAUUUUAAUACCCUCUUCUCCCCCUCAGUGAUACGUAGUAAGAUUUUGACUGAGCCCCCACCCGAAAUCACUCAUUCGUCUUCACGUAUUACCAGUUGCAUUCGAGACGUUACAACGCCGCGAAGCCAAGGGUCAGCGUGAAAAUGUGUAGUAAAAGUGGGCGAAAAUUUGAAACGCGACAAAGACAAAAUAUAUUAAUACUCUGUUUAUCCUCGUGCAUUUGAGAGAAUCAAGAUGAAAACACAGCAAUAUGUAUUAUAAUUAUAAUAUGAAUUCACAACUUCACGUGUGUCUAAUGUAAUAAUUUGAAAUAUAUAUGAUGGAAAAUGAUCUUUUCCUGAUUGGCCCGGGUUUUGGAUGUUUAUCUAUAUAUUUGUUAUAAAAUAUAGUAUCGUUGAGUUAGUAUCCCAUAACACAAGUCUCGAACUUACUUUGGGACUUGUACAAUCUGUGUGAUUUGUCCUAAUAUAUUUAUAUUUUUAUUAAACCUCAAAAUUAAAACUAAAUUGAAAAUGUAAGAAACCACCAUUUCUGGCGUCUGGCGUUAGAAAAGAGCUGUUGAUUUCGGUUCAGCCGUUUGGCUGCUACGAUGUCACGGACAGACUACACAGACACGUUAACUUGUAACUUCCAUGUUUGUCUACGGGGGUUUGAAAUGAUUAUUUUAUAACGUAAGGUGUUUACUGCCAAGCGUAAUUGAGGCAGCUAUUGCCGUAUAACGUUUUUAUUAAAACUCUUGUAUGAUUAAUUUUAGCUUAUUUAUUUUAAUCAAUAAUUAUUAGGUAACACUUACAAUUCAUUCUAUCAAAAUUGUAACGAGUCACGAAAUUUUUAAAAUCAAUCUAAUUUGUAUUUAUUAGUAUUUUUAGCGUUUUGUUUUCAGAUGAGAAGAUUUAUUUCUUGUGAAUGUAAAGUUUAUUUUAGUAAGUAUUUUUUUUAUAUUUUAUUUUACAACGAUGCUAUAAUCGAAUAUAAUAAAAAUGUGUGAUUCAGAAUGUAAGUGCCAUGCGUUAGUGCUUUAUUGUAAUUUUAGUGUAGUUAGUUGUAGUAAAAUGUCUUAAAAAUGUCUUAUGGCGUCACAACGUAAUAUAAAAUUACAAAAGAAUUUUUACGGCCUGAAAAAUAUGAUUUAAAAGAAAACACGUCGUGUUGUACUUGAUUAUUUUAAUAACAAAAUCUCGGCCUUGUUAUGGUGCUCGCCAGCGGCUCGGGCAACAACCUUCGUAUUUGACAAUGACAGGACAAUGGACUUAUCUUUAGAAAUAUGAAACAUCUUUCAUGAGCUUGUGAGUAUUGAAUAAGUAAUUAACGGUUGUGUUAAUUUUUACACUUGUCCGAUAUAAUCAGAAGGCCUACCUCGAUACAUACGAACACGUACCAUGUUACCAACGUCCACAUGCUGUCUCUUUCUUCCAAAUCGUAUAGGCAUCGUAUAAAAAAAGAAAGAACGCGUGGACGCAAUGAUGUAUUUUAUGUUUAAUGGUAGCGCUCCGAUUCUAAAACCGUUGGAGAAGCAGAAUAUAAUUGUAAUUGUGACGUCAUUUGUGAUGGUAAAGAUAUGUUAUUGAUUCACUUUAUAAAAACCCUGUUAUGUCAGUAUGUAUGAUGGCAAUAGUAUGUAUUUUGUGCCAACAAUACUUUAGAGUUAUAUUUAGCUUAGUUAAAAAUAAUAAGGGCACAUUUACAGGACACCGCAAUGAUUGGGCAUAAUAUAUCUUCCCUUAAUUAGUCUUCCCGUAUAAAUUCAAAUUCACAUUUAAAUCAUUUAUUCAGAAAUUAGACCAUCACAGGCACUUUUUCUCAUCAAUUUUUAUAUUUAUAGUUAUUUCUCACAAGCUACAAACUAACUGGCAUUUCGGAACGACCACUGCUGAGAAGAAAUGCCGAAAGAAACUCAUUUGAACAGUGUUGGUCCCUAUCAUGCCAGAUCGGCUUGCCAUUAUUGUUUCUUACAAUGUUUUUUUUUCUAAUAAUAUAUAUAUGUAUAUAUAUAUAUAUAUAUACCUUCUUUUAUAGUAUAUAUAUAUAAAAGAAGAAUAAUAUAAAAGAAGGUAUAAAAAAGUGCUAUAUUUUAGAGUAUUUAUACACACUAACAAAAGUUGACAUACAAAUACAUAUACAGACAUUUGUAUAGCACCUAUAUCUAUUUUUAUUAUUGUAUCAUAUUAAUGCGUAUGUAUACUAUAAUAGUCUUUAAAUAUAUCAAAAUAAACGAUAUUUCACCAUGAAUGAGUGCUAUGUAUGUGCUGAAAUUUAUUUACAUAACACAUAGUUUAGAUAUAUAAGUAUUUACAUAAAGAAGCUUGAGAUUUGUGCCUAAAUGAAACCUACUGAUAAUUAAGUAACAUAAACAAUAUUAUAUAAUUAACAGGCUCAUUUUGUAUGUGGGCGCAAUAUUCUUUUUUUGGCAAGGAUUAUAAAAGUUAUGUGUGUUUUAUUCCACGUGAUGUCGAGAAGUACACAUGAGCAUAUUAGUGUUAAUGUAGUAACAAGUGAAACAAAUAUGUACACAGAAUAAUGUACCCUUGUAAUGCCUUCGUUCCAUAAAGUGUACACGCCUUUAGAUAUAGUUUUAAAGUUUCAUAAGAAUGGUUGUUUCUUGUACCACAUUUUAAAGAACCUACUCUUUAUAUAUUUUUGUAUGGAUCAUAGUAUGUAUGGAUAUUUAAAUAUUAAUAUCUUGGCUCGUUUAUUCGGUGCAUUUUCACAUUUUUGGCGCGAAAGUUUAGUCAGCUGCCUAUAAACCACGAAAAAAUAUGUCACAAUCAUUGUUGAUCAUUUGUUACACUAUGCAAAAUAGUAGUAUGAUAGAAGUGCGGUAAUUUUCAAAGCGCACGUAUGUCAUGUACGUUUUACAUUACAAUAACGCACAAAUUCUUAAUGAAAUACGAUAUAGAAAUUGGUUUAAUAAGUGACGCUUUACGAGCAAAUAUGGUAUAAAAGAGAUUUACAGUAUUAGCAUAUUUGUAAGUCACCAUCAAACCAAAAACUAUGAUUGAUGCUAUCUUGCUCAAAUCUAAAUACUUUUGUUCGAGCACGCUACAACCAAUAGCGGAAGAGUUUGGCGCGUUAUGAUUGGCAGAAAUAUUUUAUUGGUUGAAAUCAUUUCGCGCGUUGUCUUUUGAUUUCUGAGCAGGCAAUUUAACUUGAAGAGUGGUGUUGAAUUUGUGCUAGAGAAUAUAAAAGAGUUAAGAAAACUAAUAAACUACGCAAUAUCUAGUUAACCAUAAGCGUAGUUGUAUACAGAUAUAUAAGUAUUAACUCGGUUAUGUAUGUUUAUAACGUGUAGAUAUUAUAUUUCCUAGCAGUUUCUUUAUUCUCACAAAAAUGUGUGCUUUUUAUUAUUUCGAUAAUUAUUUUUUUUGGUUAUAUGUUGUAUUGAUUUAAGUUUUAUUUAUUCUAAUCAAUAAUAAAAGAUUUUUAUGUAUUUGUUUUUAUUUCUUUAUAUUUUGUCUUAGAAUUAGCGUAGUUUUCAAAAUCGUAACACGUUAAAGUAUCCAUUCGGCCUAAAUUGUGUAGAUAAGGGCGGAUACAGGAUAUAUAUUAUAUUUUAUCCUGGGCACAGGAAGCAGGGAAGACGGGUAAAAAAAUUACAAGUAAACUUGAGUUUAUCUAAAGAUUUUUAUUAAAAAAUAAAAGAAAAAAGAACAUGAUAGCUUUUUAAAAUGUUUUUGCCAAAUAGUGCUGUGAUAGAAUCUCCACAAUAGAUACACGAAACAUGCCCGUACCACCUAAAAAGGGCAAGCAAUCGACCAGUCAACCUUCUUUGUAGUAAUACAAGGAAGCUUGGUUGAUUGUCGAGUGCCAUUUAUAGUAGUAAAGUAAGAUAAUUUGGAAAGUAAUAAAUUGGUUUAUCGAAAUUAUUGUAAAUUUAAUACAUAAUCAUUUAUUGCACGUAAAACACGAAAGUUAUUGCUAUUGGAGCAGAAUUUCUUCUAGGCUUUUCAUCUAGAAGAUUAUAUAUUACAAUGAGCAAGUUUCCUUAUGGCCUAAAAAAAUUACACUAUCUUAUAAUAUUAUUAAGGCAUUGCAUCUACCAAAAGUUUUGGUAGAUGCAAAUGUUAAUUCCUAAUGUACACUCGCGGCAAACAUGAUGCCCAAGUAUGCUAAUAGAUGGCGUUAGUUGCGCAGUAAAAAAAAAUAGAAUUUUACCGUUUUUUCAUGAACACAGUUCCUGAAUUACAUGUUUUAUGAUGCAAAUGCCAUAAGUUUAUUCUUAAGAUCAGGAACGUAAGUAGAUAUUAGAAAUUAGAAAAAUAAAUUACUAAUUUAUUCGUAUGUAUAAAAUCAAAUAUUUUCCUGAAAUCAAUAAAAUUAUUAUUCUUGUAUUACAUGAAGUUUUAUUCAUUAUUUUACUACAUUAAGUAUUUUUUCGACUCUGUACAUGCACAGCGUGUCUGUGAACGAAAAAAGUCUGAACAAACAAUAAACAUUAUUUAGAAUAACAUUUUUUUUUUUGUUCUUUACGACACUAAAAUUUUAAUUUCAAAGAUUGUGCCAAAGAACAUUGGUUUCGUGAGAUUUAUUUCACAACCACUAGAUGGCGCUGUUUUGUUUACAUCGAAUCUAGAACGCGCUAUGGAGAUUUUUUCGCAUUUCAUGACCUCCCUCGAGCGAUCAACGUCGGGUAUCGCUUCUCGGCCUUUUGGCUAAGAUCAAAGUGUAGUAUCUGUUCUUUUCAGCUUAAUAUCUGAAAGUUCCCCCACCGGGGGACCAGUAUAUUAAACUGAUUUUUGUGAUCCGCUGGGAUGUUCGGGGCUCGCUCCACUCCCGGCACGGGUCGGCCCGGCAUUGCAGUGCCGCCGGGGUCGGCCCACA